CGCCAACAUGGCGGCGGCGGUAGAUUAGGACCGCGGGUCGGAGCCGCCGCCGCCACCGCCACCGCCGCUGUGGGAUCCUGUGCGGAGCCGCCGCCGCCGCCGCGUUUUCACCUCUUCGGGGACACGGGCCUGGACCAGGUUUUACACAUCUGUAAGUAGACCUUUCUGGAGCGCUGCCAGCCGACCCCAUGGCGUCCUCUACUACUGUGCCUCUAGGAUUUCACUAUGAAACAAAGUAUGUUGUCCUCAGCUACUUGGGACUCCUCUCUCUGGAGAAGCUGCAGGAGCAACAUCUUUCCUCACCCCAAGGGGUUCAACAGGAUAUAGCUUCACAAUCUCUGGAUCAAGAAGUUUUAUUAAAAGUUAAAACUGAAAUUGAAGAAGAGCUAAAAUCCCUGGACAAAGAAAUUUGUGAAGCCUUCGCCAGCACAGGCUUCGACCGCCACACUUCGCCUGUGUUCAGCCCCGCAAACCCCGACAGCUCCGUAGAGGACUGCUUGGCUCACCUCGGGGAGAAGGCGUCGCAGGAGCUGAGGGCGCCUCUGCUCGGGGCCUUGCAGACGCUCCUCAGCCGGCCAUUGACAUAUCAGGCAUAUCGGGAAUGUACAGUGGAGACCACAGUUCAUGCCAGCGGCUGGAAUAAGGUUUUGGUGCCUCUGAUUUUGCUACGGCAAAUGCUUUUGGAGUUGACAAGACGUGGUCAAGAACCUUUGAGUGCAUUGCUGCAGUUUGGUGUGACUUUCCUGGAGGACCAUGCUGCCGAGUACAUCAUUCAGCAAGGUGGCUGGGGCGCUGUCUUUGCCCUGGAGCCAGAGGACGAGGAGCGCCCCGCGGGCGCCGCGGAGGACAGCAACGACAUCUACAUCCUGCCCAGUGGCGGCUCCACGCUCGCCAGCCCCCCGGAGUCUCCGACGACCGCGACGGCGUCCUGGCAGGCCGAGGGCUUCCCCGUGUCGCUGUCCAGCAGCCAGAGCUGGCGCACCGAGAGCCCACCGGUGUCCCUGGGUCCCGAGUCGUGGCAGCAGGUCACAGUGGACCCCGAAGAAGUCAAGAGCUUGGACAGCAACGGGGCUGGAGAGAAGAGUGAGAACAACUCCUCCAACUCUGACAUCGUGCACGUGGAGAAAGAGGAGAUUCCCGAGGGCGCGGAGGCGGCGGCUGUGGCGGCCUCUGCCCUGAUGGCGGCCGGGGAGCCUGGCCCCGAGGGGUCGGCCGGCCAGCCAGCCAGUCCCACGACAUCUCUGUUCGUGGAACUCGCUGAAGAAGGGGCGGGAGCGGCCAGGUCCGGAGCUGCCGAACUGGAGCAGGAGGGGGUCCCGCCGCUAGAGCCCCCGGUGGAGCCCCCAGCAGCCCCGCCGGGCGGAGGGCAGGCGGUCCGCGGGUGGGGGGGGCUGGGCGCAGGGCCCUCCCCGGGCGGCCCCGAGGAGGCUGGCCCGCCGUCUGAGGGCAAGUCCCUCCUGCUCCUCGGGGGGGCAGCCGCCGCUGUUGCCAUCCUGGCGGUGGCAGUUGGGGUGGCACUGGCUCUGAGAAGGAAGUAGAUUUUUCGGAGAGAGAACACAAAAAGGUGUAAGGUUUUAGUUGUGUCGACUGGACUGGAGCGGCCAGAAGCUAGCUGGACAUCCCUUGGACACUCCGGGGUCAGGAGGACUUGGGUCCGCAGGGCAGGGGGCCGACCCACGUGUUAGGGCUUGAGCUGGAGGCUGCGCACAGUGGUCUGAUUGGAGGUCCCAGGCCUGGGCGCCUGCUAGGUUCAGGGUCUUGUGUGUAAAGUGCCCCCCGCCUGGCGUCCACAGCCCCUGGGUAGCUCCCGGGCCUGGGGCCUGUGCCCUGUAGGGUGCGCAGCCUCUGCCCACCAGCCCUGUAGCGCCUUCCCCAGUGGUGGCAGCCCCACCCCACGUGUCUCCCCGUGUUGCCAAACGUCCCCCGGGGAUAACGUCAUCCCGUGAGAGCCACAGUCUCAGAGCGAGAGGGUCCCCGUGGGGGGGCCUGGGGGGCCGACCCCAGGCAGGAGGGCGUGGCUGUGGGCCCCUCGGCUGCUGGCGCGCUCCCGCCUGGGGUCUCAGCUCCUCUGUUCUUCCCGCCCUCAGUCCCGCAGCCCAGGUGCUCUGCUGGGUCUCAGCCGCCUCUCAGGUACUGCCCUGCCCGCCUCGCCCCAGGGUGCCCCGAGGCCCCGUGCAGAGGGCUCGCCCGAUGCUUCCCGCAGUUCCCCUUGUAAAGAUGCUGCCUUUAGUCUUUAAACGUACGAGACGGAAGAGACCUGGGGCCCCUGUCCGUGACUGCGGGGCAAGUUUGUCUCCGCGUCGGAAGCUGGAGGGUGGCUUAGCUGGCCUAUCGAGGUUGCUCGCAGCCCUUUUGUCUGUGGGCACCCUUGAGCCGACGGGGACUCGCCAGCCGGCAGCGUCUCUCUUGCUGGGCAUCGCUGUCCGUGACCUGGACUAGCGGGAUUCCCAGGUUCUGGCCUCAGCCUCCUUCCCAGUCAGGCCGCUCCUCGGCAGUCUCUUGCCAGAUGAUAAGGGUUUCCACAUGUGGGCUUACAGACUGGGGAAUCAUAACUCUCAUUCAGUACACAAAGUCUCCUAAAUAUCAUUGAAGUAAAAAGCAGGAAAGAGAGGCUGCCCUUGAGGGUCUAGCUUGGCUUUCAGAGUUCCAUAACGGAGGCUCACACUGAGCUCGUCACGGCCCAAAUGCCAGAGUGACAAACCGUAAUGAUCACGGUCAGCACGUGCCCGUGGAGACUCAGCGUAGCCUCAUCCGCUGACAGCAUCCCUCACGGGUGGACCGCGUCUCAUCAUGCCUGAGGUCAGUGUCACGGAUGGGGACACACGUGCUUGAGACAGGUCAUCUCAGAUUUAUCCUAGUAAAUGUAACAGGUUACUUUUUAAAUCCUGAAAUUUGUAAUAAAAUUACUUUACCUAUCCUGAUCACCAAAA